CUGUGGAGCAGAAAAUAAAGUCUCAGCAACUAAAUCUCACACACAAAACCACAAAAAAUACAAGAAAAAUUUAUAAAAAUUAAGAAAAAUUCAUAAAAUGUGAGAAAAAACCGAGAAAAAGUGAAAUAUUUCAAGAAAAACCGGGUAAAAACCCAAAAAAAAAGUGUAAAUAAAAUUUCUGGUUUCCUCUAAAAAAAAAUACAGUAAAAAAUAAAAUUAAAAAUAAAAUAAAAUAGAAAAAUUUAGGAAAUUUAUAAAAUUUUUCACGACGUACAUUCUGGCAUAGACACCCCAAAACAUAAUAAUUUCUGUGUGUCGUUGCGUGUGUAACGUGAAAAAGGAAAGGAACAUGGAGAACGAAUGUGGUAAAUGGAAUUAUUGAUUUUUAAGAUCUGAGCCAACGACGACGACGACGACAGACAUACUCGUUGUUGUUUAAAUUUUAUGGAUUUUUGUGUUGUUCAUAGUACAGACACACAAAAAAAUUGUGUGUGAAGGCAGACAACUGACGUCAACUUUUCGGAACUUUCAUUUGGAGGACACAUGCACGGAUUAUUUCGCUUCUAAAGCAGUUCUGCAAUAAAGGAUUAUUAAAACUCAAAUGAUAAAUGUGGCAAAAUAGACACAAAAAUGACAUGAAUUACGUAAAAAUAUGUGAAAUUUCAUGCAAGAGAAAAUCAUGAAGGGAGUAAAGUGCAAUAAAUAAGUGAAUUCCGAAGCGAUGCGGAUUUCAAAGCAGCAAAAAAUUAAAAAAUAAAAUAUUUUUACACGAAAAAAAUUAAAAUAAUUUAAGAAAAUAAAAAAUCAUUAGCAGAAAAAUUGCCAUUAGUGCCGUAAAAAUUAAAAAAAAUAAAAGCUGCUUUUUUAAAAAUAAAAAAAAAAUAAUUAAAAAUGCAACAACCCUCAUCACAGUCAACCGGUCAGUCGGGGCAACAAAAGGAGAACAACGCGCCGUCCGAAACGUAUCAAUAUGUCGGUCCGUACCGACUCGAAAAGACCCUCGGCAAAGGCCAAACGGGUCUCGUGAAGCUCGGCGUGCACUGCAUCUCCGGCAAAAAGGUCGCCAUCAAGAUCAUAAAUCGCGAAAAACUCACAAAAUCCGUGCUCAUGAAGGUGGAACGUGAAAUUGCCAUAAUGAAGCUCAUUGAUCAUCCGUACGUGCUCGGCUUAAUGGAGGUGUACGAGAACAAAAAGUAUUUGUACUUGAUUUUGGAGCACGUGUCGGGCGGCGAGCUCUUCGAUUAUCUCGUCAAAAAAGGCAGACUGACGCCCAAAGAGGCUCGGAAAUUUUUCCGACAAAUUAUCUCGGCGCUUGAUUUUUGUCACAGUCAUUCCAUCUGCCACAGAGACUUGAAGCCGGAGAAUUUGCUGCUGGAUGACAAGAAUAAUAUUAAAAUUGCGGAUUUUGGGAUGGCGAGUUUGCAGCCAGCGGGAAGUAUGUUGGAGACGUCGUGCGGAAGCCCGCAUUAUGCGUGCCCAGAGGUGAUUCGGGGGGAGAAGUAUGACGGGAGGAGGGCAGAUGUCUGGAGUUGUGGCGUGAUAUUGUAUGCUUUGUUGGUAGGUGCGUUGCCGUUCGACGACGAUAAUCUGAGGCAAUUGUUGGAAAAGGUAAAACGCGGAGUUUUUCACAUUCCACAUUUUGUGCCGCCCGAUUGUCAGAGUUUAUUGCGCGGCAUGAUCGAAGUGAAUCCAGAAAAGCGUCUUACGCUCGCCGACAUCAAUAAACACCCCUGGGUGACUGCCGGAGGAAAAGGCGAAUUGGAAUUGGAACUGCCGAUGAUGGAAGUCGUUCAAACCCACAUACUGCCAUCUGCUUCGUGCAUCGACACCGAUGUCCUGAACGCGAUUUGCUCACUCGGUUGUUUCAAGGAAAAAGAUAAUCUGAUACAAGAAUUGUUGUCGCCGCAUCACAAUUGCGAAAAAGUCGUGUAUUUCCUCUUGCUGGACCGCAAAACGCGCAAACAGCCCAUUGACGAUGACGACGACGUGAUACGACCUCGUCCUGAUCGCAUCGAUAUCGCAGAUCCGCCACGAAAGCGCAUCGAUACGUACGACCAAAGUAACCUGAGUUUCGGGCAAAUUAGUGUCGGUUCGCCAUUGCAACCGCGUCGACAGACAUUUAAUAAUCAGAAGAAUUACGCGAGACGAUCCCUGAGUUCGGCACCGAGCGGAAGAUCGAGUUCGAUUCAUGGAACGCCACGCAUGGGAAGUUUAUCGCCGAACCAAAGUCUCAACAUACAACGACCCACGUCGCCGCAUUCGUCGCUCGCAACGCCCACACGACGCUCACACCAACAACAAUCACGUUCGCGCGCCGAUCGCAACAGCAUCAACGUAGUUAACAGUAGUGACAGCAGCGAAUCCACCAAAGAUUCCAACAGCAAGUACCGAGAUCCGUUGCAGGAGAAUAAUCAGUCGCCCGUCCAUCACCGAACUAAUUCAGGUCCCGAUAUCGCGGUGAGUGUCUAUGCCGCGAACAAACAGAACGCAAACAACUUGAAUAUCGACACGAAUCGAAUGACGUCGUCCACAGUCAUUCCGCCCGGAAGUCCCAAUCUGAACAGCGACUCGCCCGGGCAAAUUUGGAAAACGCGACUUACCAACAUCAAAAACAGCUUUUUGGGCUCGCCGCGAUUCCAUCGACGAAAAAUGCAGGUAACGACAGCAGAUGAGGUGCAUUUGACGCCCGAAUCGUCGCCGGAAAUCACGAAAAAAUCCUGGUUUGGCAACCUCAUCAUCACGGAAAAGGACGAAACGUUCACGAUUCUCGUCAAAGGGAAGCCCCUGUCGACUGUGAAAGCACAUCUCAUCCAUGCCUUUCUCUCGAUGACGGAAUUGUCGCAUUCGGUGUUGUCCCCGACGUCAUUCCGCGUCGAAUAUAAACGCACUGGCACCGGUUCCGUCAUGUUCCAACGCAAUGUUCGCAUCCAAGUUGACAUUAAUGCGAUUUGCAAGCAAGGUGAUGCUGCGGAUAUGCUGUUCGCGAUCACUUUUACCCUCCUUUCCGGCAGUAUUCGACGAUUCCGUCGCAUUUGUGAGCACAUCCAACUCCAAGUCUACUCCAAACAGUAUCCGAUGCCCUUGGAACGUGUCGAAGACCCAGAAAAAGUGCUUGCCGACAACAUUUCCUGCAACAGCGAUAGUAGCGAACGCAUUUCCUCGCGCCAUAAUGUCCAUGAAAUGGUCGAGAAGGAAAUUUUCUUCGAUUGUAAUACGCCAACGCGUACAAGUCGACGUAGCAGUGCUCUUUCCAACAAAAGCUCACAUUCCGUGGAAAGUAAUUCGGAAGCGGUACGAUCGAGUAGCGAAAGUAUCGGACACGAUCGCUCAGCGGCAUCCGAGAGAAAAGCCUCAUCAACGUCUGGCAGUGAAAUUGCAUGAGAAUUAUUCCUUUAGGGUUAAUAACGCAGAGAAAAAAUGUUACAAACGUGUUGAAAAAUGCUAUAGAUAAAUUUUUUCGCUUUAAAAAUUUACGCGCCAGUGUUUUGCCAGAUAAAAUCAUCCAUCUCACCAUCAUCAUUAUUAGCCCUAAAAGUGAAUCAGUGAACUAAAUAUUAAACAAAAAAUAUUGAAUUACGUAGAAAAGUGUCACAAAAUUCGUUAAAUGUCUCUCUCCUAAAAAAAUAAAAAAGCUUAGAAGCUCAAUUAAGUUUUUAAUUAUAAUUUAAUAAUUUAAUUCUUGAGUGAAAAAAAUUAAUAAUUAAUUAUAAUUAAAAUUUCAUCCCAUUUUACUCAU